GGAAAUGGUUAGCGGACCACGGAGUACUAUCUACACAAGAGACCGAGAAAGUAUGGUUCCCUUUCCACUUGAUGGGGACCGGGACCUGCAAUGAUUGAUGAUGUAUGGACGACAAUCGAUACUUUCUCUCGGUAGUGGAAGUUUUUCUCUGAUUGUCUCUUGCAUCAUCCGGGGUACCCUUUGUGGUUUGUGGCUCAAGGCUGGAACUUCUCAUCGACAGCCGAUGCUAAAGAUGGAAAGAAGACAAGAAAGACAAAAAAGUCCCCUUGUCGUAAUCUACGUGUCCAGCGACCGUGUAUAAAGUUCGGGAGGAGAGAUGUGCAAAACAAGUUUUGGGAACACGGCAAGUCAUCGUCGUGACGCUGUAAUGUCCAUCCUCAUCCAUUCAUUAAAAUCCUCGCAAAACCGUAAAUAGAUGAAGAGGGGCAGAAACGGGAGCCGCGGGAUUGUCGGGUGGUUGUUGUGGUGGUUGUUAUUAUUACUACAUAUAGGGCAGUGGAGCCCGGAUUAUUCGGUGGCUGGCAAACAUGGCACGUUGUUGUUAUGUGUGCCGGUUGUUCCCAAAGGGCUGAUCACCUCACUUUAUUGCUCCCUAAUUUAGCCUCGACCUGACUUGACCUGACCUGACUCUUGACUUGAGUGACUAUCUGGUACUGACCAUGGCUAUGGCCCGCUGCUAACGCGCCUAGAUCGAACUGGCCUUCGGGGGCGCGUGGGUUGCGAGUUAUUGAACCUAACCCCGAUGACUACUGGAUUCAGUUAGUUACUAUCUACUGUGUUCCACUGUCUUGUAUUAGUAUUAUCAUAAUUGUGCCCCAAAGAAAAAAAAAUUAAAUAGAUAAAUAAAUAACCACUUUCCCAAGACGGGCUAAGAAAGUCUGUUGUCC